CGCAUGCGUGGAGGAUAUGCGCUUUGCAGCAAAGUCCUCCUUUACUCCACACACGCUUCUAAGCCUCGGCACAUCUCCUCACAUCGCUACUAACUACACUUUAUUCAUCCUCCGUGUCAGGAUAAACUCCACUCGUCUCAGUCAACUUUGGAGAUUAUUAGGCCCGCUUAGCUUGCUAGUUGUUUUAGCGCGCUAGUUAGCUCAGCAUGCUAGUUAGCUUAGCUUGUUAGCUGCUAACAAAGAGACGCGGAUUUGAUCAACACAUCGCUUAGUUAAGAUCAAGUGUGAGUGUAAAGUGUUGUGAUUGUGUGAAAAUGUGCGAAAGAACGAUAGCAGAGUACAAAGAGGAACUUUCUCGAACAAAAGAAGAGAACAAAAGACUACGUCAACUACUGGAGGCUGUUUUCAAGAAACAUCAAGUUGUGUUACACAGAACAGACGUCUGUGAAAAAUAUCGUCCACCUGAGCAGCAGGAGGGGUCCUCCAGUAUGGAGCAGAAGAGGUCACAGGCCCUCCACGUGAAAGAAGAGGAGCCACAGCCCCCCCACUUUAGAGAUGAAGAAAAACAGCGGCUGUCCCCCCACUUCAUAGAGGAAGACAAGAGACACCUCAUCAGUGUGAAGAGUGAAGAUGAUGAGGUCAAAGGUGAGAGUGAGGAGAAGAGAGAGGCGGAGCCUCCAAGCAGCAGCUCAACUCAACACAUGACAACAGAAGCUGAUGGAGACCACUGUGGAGGAUCACAAGCAGACAAGCUCUUAGCUCCACUAUCAGAUAGUGAGGACACAACGUCACACUCUCCUGACACUGAUGAUGAAGACUCUAAAGAUGAUAAGACAUGUCACACUGACAACACACACUUCACAUGUUCUCACUGUGACAAAACUUUUAAUGACCGUAGCAAUAUGAAAAGACACAUGAGAACACACACUGGAGAAAAACCUUUUUCCUGCUCAGAAUGUGAUAAAAGUUUUGUAAGAAAUCAAAGUUUAAAAGAACACAUGAGAAUACACACUGGAGAAAAACCUUUUUCGUGUUCAAUCUGCGGUAAAGCUUUUACGCAAAGGCCCAAUUUCAAAGCACACAUGAGAAUACACACUGGAGAAAAAAAAAUAUCCUGCUCACACUUCACAUGUUCUCACUGUGACAAAACUUUUGAAUACCAUUGUCAUCUGAAAAGUCACAUGAGAACACACACUGGAGAAAAACCUUUUUCCUGCUCAGAAUGUGGUAAAAGUUUUGCAGUAAGUCAAAUUUUAAAAGUACACCUGAGAACACACACUGGAGAAAAACCUUUUCCAUGUUCAAUCUGCGGUAAAGAUUUUACUCGUAGGCACGAUUUGAAAAUACACAUGAGAACACACACUGGAGAAAAACCUUUUUCCUGCUCAGAAUGUGGUAAAAGUUUUGCAGUAAGUCGAAAUUUAAAAGUACACAUGAGAACACACACUGGAGAAAAACCUUUUUUAUGUUCAAUCUGCGGUAAAGAUUUUACUCAAAAGCGCGAUUUGAAAAUACACAUGACAAAACACACUGGAGAAAAACCUUUUUCCUGCUCAGAAUGUGGUAAAAAUUUUGCAGUAAGUACAAGUUUAAAAGCACACAAAAAAACACACACUGGAGAAAAACAUGUUUCCUGCUCAGAAUGUGGUAAAAGUUUUGCAGUAAGUCAAAGUUUAAAAAUACACAUGAGAACACACACUGGAGAAAAACCUUUUUCGUGUUCAAUCUGCUGUAAAGAUUUUACUCAAAGUUCCAGUUUCAAAGCACACAUGAGAACACACACUGGAGAAAAACCUUUUCCCUGCUCAGAAUGUGGUAAAAGUUUUGUAAUGAAUCAAUAUUUAAAAGAACACAUGAGAAUACACGCUGGACAAAAACCUUUUUCGUGUUCAGUCUGCGGUAAAGCUUUUACUCAAAGUUCCAGUUUCAAAGCACACAUGAGAAUACACACUGGAGAAAAGCCUUUUUCCUGCUCAGAAUGUGGUAAAAGUUUUGUAAAAAAUGUAAAUUUAAAAGUACACAUGACAACACACACUGGUGAAAAACCAUACUCCUGUUCAAGCUGCAACAAAAGCUUCCGUUACCUAAAAACUCUUAGAGCACACAUGAGAACACACACAGGAGAGAAAGUGUUGAGUUGCAGUGUGUGUGGUGAAAGAUUCUCUUCUAAGUACCAGUGUAAGAAACACAAGUGUGCUGGUGAGAACAGCAGCAGCAAAUGAAGAUGCAGGAUUUAAAAUCAACUUUCUAACAACAUCAGUACAUAUAACAUGUGUGACAUCAUUGUUGUGUGUGUAACACAAUCUUGUUAAUAUGAUUUUAACAUUCAUAGAUUAGACACUUCAGAUUAGUGCUUUUAUUUCAGUCAAGUACAUGAGUUAAUAUACACAUUUGUGUACUUUAAAAUGAACAGAACAAUUUGACUGAAAAGGUGAGAAUAAACAGCACAUAAAAUAUGUUACAUACAAUAAACAUUUUAUGUGUAGAUAUUCAUAAUUCACUUUUAUACUUAUUCAUAAUAUUGUUUUAUAAAUGUUUUUGAAAUAAUGAAGUGUUACAUAUUUUAUUUCCUAAUUGUAGAUGAUUCCAUAGAUGAACUCCUUUAUAAUAUAUACAUAUUUGUUUUACAUGUGUUCAUACCUUUGCUUUUGAGUACACAUAAAUCCCUCUUAGUUCAUAUUUACUGGUUCACAUCUGAAACAUCUUCUGGACCACUUCUUGAAGCAUAUUAUUAUUUACUUUAUACAUCAUUUGAGCAGUUGUCUGUUUUACAAUUUUAAAAUGUGUGACUUUAUGAAUCAUUUGUUGGGUCUCUAUAAUCCAUUCUAUUAAUUGUCUUUAUUACUCUCUUGUGUAAUAUGAAUAUUGUUGUGUGAUUGUUUUAUAUGUAUGUCCCCAGACCUUUAUGCAAUAAACAAU